AGAAAGCUUCCUAUUUCGCCGGCGAUCAGUACGAAGAAAACGCUUCAGAUGAAGAGGUGGGAAAUUCCGAUUUGCAGACGAAUUUGAGAGAAACAUGGAAGAAAUCGAAACCCCAGGGGAAUUCGCAAGCUUUCCGGCGGCUCCUUUUAUCUUCUUCACGGUUAUCGCUUUCCAAUUUGCCAGCAGGUGGCUCCAAGACUUUAAAAAGAAAGGAUCCAGGACGGAUAAGGAGGUCCGGUUGCAUGGAGAAAUUAAGCAGUUGUUGAAAGAAGCCAGCUCCUUGUCGCAGCCGUCGACAUUUGCACAAGCGGCAAAGCUUAGAAGAACGGCAGCUGCUAAGGAGAAGCAACUUUCAAAUUAUCAAGAGCAACGCAGCGAAGAGAUAAAGCUGUCUUAUGACUUGUAUCUGAAGGCUUUUUUCAUCACAAAGAUUGCAACAUAUUUCAUGCUGAUAGUUUGGUAUUGGAGGUCUCCUGUUGCUUCUGUCCCUCAGAACCUUCUGCAACCAUUUGGGAGGUUCUUAUCUUGGAAGGCUGGAGAUUCAUUGAAUGACAAGAUCAUGGUAAACAAUCUUGGCACCUGACUCCCUUUUCUAUUUCUUUAAAGAAAAAUGCAGAUGACUUUCUCCGUAAUAUCCAACAGCCAAAUUAAGUCCAAAACUAAAAUAUGUAGCAAGCUGAACGUGGUGGUUUUUGAAUGUUGUUCUGAUCAAUAGUCUAACUUGCAGAUUGGGAUAAUACCAUGGUUGAUAUUGUCUAUGAGAGUUAGCAGAUAUGUUUGUCGAAUUAUCUAGUAGGAAGGAAGAGCAUAACCAUUUUCUUGUUGCUAGUUAGGAGAAGCAUGAUCUGUUUUGAUUCUUUGUCCUACUUCACGACGAUUUUUACUGACUUUGGCAACUUCUCCAAAAUCAGUACUUAUAAUGUAAAUUAAAUUUUGGAGCAGCAAUUCUGCUUCUUGUAAAACUCCUUAUUUAUUAUCCAACAAAAGAACUCAUUAAAACAGUGGGAUCAUA